CAUCAUGGCGAUUUCGUCAAAGUAAUGGAUGAUUCUUAUGCAUUACCUGAACCUGGUGAAGUCAUUACUUACGAUUUUCGUAAAAUUGAUGACUUUUCACAAAAUCAAAAACCCGAGAUAAUUGAUUCAACAGCAACUUUUAAAUGUUUACAAUGGAAUGUUGAACGUAAUUAUUGUUCAUCACAAAUACUUUCUACUCUAAAAGAAUUGGACCCAGAUAUUGCUUUUAUUCAAGAAAUAGAUAUUUAUUGUAAAAGAUCUGAAAAUAAAAAUCAUUUUAAGGAAAUUGCUUCUAGAUUAGGUUGGAAAGGUGGAUUUGUAUGUGAAUUUAUAGAAUUGGAAAGUGAGAUUCGAAAAGAUAGGGAUCAAGGUGGUGGUGUUCAUGGGAAUGCAAUUUUUACAAAUCAUGAGAUAACUUUUCGUGUACUUGAUCAUAAACACCAUCCUUUGGAUUGGGAAAAACAGGUUGGAAGAAUUUCACAAUUUUCCGAGAUAUUAUUAGAUUCUACAAAUCAUAUUAAUUCACAUCCUUAUCAACUAAUUUUUGGAGAUUUAAAUACAAUGGGGCAUUCAAUUGCACGAUUAUCACCCUUAUAUUGUACAGAUAGAUAUCGAUUUUUAUCAUUAGGUUGUUCAGAAUCUGAAUGGUGGGAUAUUAACCUUUUUGAUUGGCAUAUUAAUGAUGGAGAUAUAAAUCUUAAAUUACAAGCAGGUGGAUCAUGGAUUAUGGUUAAUUUGUUGAAAUAUUUUUAUUACAACAAUAAUGAUAAUAAUACAAAUCUUGAUCAAAUUUAUUCUCAGUUGAAUAAUUAUAUGAUGUCAGGGUUUACUUUAGAUGUUUUAAGAGCAGCUCGAAAUCCAGGAUUUUAUGAUCCUUGGUCACCAGCGAGAGAUAUUACAUUAGCCAAUAAAAAUUAUUUUGGCUUAUAUUCUGCAAAACUUGAUUGGACUUUAUUAUGUGGGUUUGAAGUUGUUAAUCGAUGGAUUGGUAAUGAUGAUUAUUCUGCUUCUGAUCAUAAAUAUAUGAUGGUAGAAAUUAAAUUUGAUGAAGUAGAUAAAAUUUCAAGUUCGUCUAAGAACAAUUCUUGGAAAAUGCAAAGAUCUUAUUGGAAAAAAGAAUUAGAAGGUGCUGAGAAUGAUAAUUUGGGAAGAUGGUUGAAAUUUUUAGGAAUUGGAAUUAGUGUUUCAAUCUUUAUUUUUAAUGCUCUUCGUCGUCGCUGA